AUGUGUCUGGAUGGUGACUGUAUCAUUGUGUGUGACAGGUUCCUAUAAGGUGUGAGGAUGUCGCUGUCUAUUUCUCCAUGGAUGAGUGGGAGUAUUUAGAAGGACACAAGGAUCUCUACAAGGAUGUGAUUAUUGGGAAUCAAGAGCCGUACAGACCCUCUGGUAAGAUAUGAUUUAUCAUCAUAAUUCUCUUUUUCACAUAAUGACCAAGUAAAUGUUUCUGAAGAAAUGUACAGAAAAUGUGAUAUAUAAUUUGCUAGUUCUUUAAAUAACUUUCCAACUAUUAAUGUUUCUUCCAGAAGAUGAUAAGUCUACAUCUGAUGAAUUCCACACCGCUUUUUAUUUACCUGACUUUGGAACCAAAGAUGAAUCAAGUCUUAAGUCCAAUAAUGCAGAAAAUUAUCAGAAAAUCAGAAGAUCAAAGAGAAGGCAGACUAAGUCUAUAGUACAUUUAUCUCAAGAAUCUCCGUUAGAUAAGGAAGACAUUGAAACACCCACAGAAUAUAAACAAGCAGAAUAUUUGUCUACUCAUGUUAAGCAGAAAUCCACCUCGUAUAAAGGAGACCUUACAGGCACUGACGCUUAUACAUGCACAGAUAAUACACAGCCAACUUUGAACAAAUUCGUAAUUGAAAAGAGGAAGCCUGAGCAAUAUAUUAAUCCUAAAUCUGUAAAAUCUCCCAAGGACCCAGUGGACAUGUUCAACUGCUCUACAGAGUCAGACUCUGUUUUACAUGAGAUGCAUCACAGACAAGAUAAACAGUUUUCAUGUUCUGAAUGUGGGAAAUGUUUUAGGCUAAAACAUGAUCUUAUUAAACAUCAAAGGAUUCACACAAGGGAAAAACGGUUUAAAUGCACAGAUUGUGGGAAAUGUUUUACACGGGCUUUAUAUCUAUCUUCACAUAAAGUGAUUCACACAGGAGAAGGGACAUUUAAAUGCAAUGAAUGUGGCAAGUGUUUUACCCGGGCUGCACAUCUUGCUUCACAUAACAUGACGCACACUGGAGAGAAACCAUUUAAAUGCAAUGAAUGUGGAAAGUGUUUUAGUCAGGCCGGACAUCUUGCUUCGCAUAAAAUUAUUCACACAGGAGAAAAACCAUUUAAAUGCUCUGAAUGCGGGAAAUGUUUUACUCGCGCUGCACAUCUUGCAUCACAUAAAAUGGUCCACACUGGAGGGAAACCAUUUAAAUGCUCUGAAUGCGGGAAAUGUUUUACGCGCGCUGCACAUCUUGCAUCACAUAAAAUGAUUCACACGGGAGGGAAACCAUUUAAAUGCGAUGAAUGUGGGAAAUGUUUCAGCAUAGUGCAUAAUCUCAUUACACAUCAGAAGAUUCACACCGGGGAAAAAACUUUUAAAUGUGAUGAAUGUGGGAAAUGUUUUAUACUCAAGCAUAAUCUAAUUGCACAUCAGAGUAUUCACACCGGUGAAAAACCAUUUGAGUGUGCAGAAUGUGGGAAAUGUUUUAGGCUUAAGUAUGUUCUAACGAUGCAUCAGAGGAUUCACACAGGUGUAAAACCAUUUAAAUGCACUGAAUGUGGAAAAUGUUUUACUCACAGCUCAAAUCUUUCUUCACAUAAAAUGCUUCACAGAGGAGAAAAACCGUAUAAAUGCAAUGAAUGUGGGAAAUGUUUUAGCCGAAGCACACAUCUUGCAAAACAUAAACGGAUUCACACAGCAUAAAGUUGCACUUUAUCACUUUAAUAAUAUGCAGCAUUGCACUAGUGGUUUUUAUUUUUUUCAGUAAUAUGUUACUGAAAUUUUACUUUUGGAGCAAGCAAUGGAACAUUAAUUAUUGUUAUGUUGGUUUGAAUAAUGAUUUCUACGAGUUGAAAACCGGUUUCCCAUAAUCCACAUUGUGUUAAACAUAAUAAAGACUGUUUUGAAAAAUAAGAAAUAUAUUUGCAUAACACAGUUGAACAUCCG